AUGGCCAAGUUAGAGAUUCAAAUCCAGAUGAGGAAAAUGAUUAAGCCUUCAACACCUACCCCGAAUCAUCUCCGGAGCCUCAAGCUUUCAUUUUUUGAUCAGGGGGCUCCUCGUUUAUAUGUACCAAUAUUGUUCCAUUACUUGCCAACAGGUGAAUGCAACAGGGAAUUAGGAAUUAUUGAAAAAUGUGAAAAGCUGCAAAACUCUUUGGCUGAGACGUUAACCAGUUUUUACCCUCUAGCUGGAAGAUUUAUGGAAGAUAAAUUCUUGAUUCACUGCAAUGAUGUAGGUGUUGAGUAUGUUGAAUCCAAAGUCAAUAUGAAUCUUGCUGAGUUUCUCCGUCGAGGACCCAAGAUUGAGCUUUUGGAUGAUCUUCUUCCUGAAAUGGAUCAGUCAUCAAGUCCAUUACUCGGUGUCCAAGUGAACCUAUUCAAUUGUGGAGGACUAGUCAUGGGGAUACAAAUUUCACACAUCAUAGCUGAUGCUUUCACUUUAGCAACAUUUCUCAAUGAAUGGGCAAACACUAGCCUUACAGGGACCACAAAAGAUUGUCUCCCAAGUUUCGGUCACUUGUCAUCACUCUUCCCCCCAAGAGUGAUAUCUGCAGGGCCUCAAUUUUCACUACCAUCCAUAGAAGGCCCUAAGAUUAUCACAAAGAGGUUUGUGUUUGAUGCUUUUGCAAUAGCAAACCUCAAAGACAGAAUCAAUCCGAGUACUGCCAUAUUCACUCGAGUGGUAGUCGUUAUGUCAUUAAUAUGGAAAGUUCUUAUGGGGAUUUCAUCAGCCAAACAUGGACAUUCAAGGGACUCGUCUUUUGUAUUUCCUAUUAAUUUGAGGGGAAAAUCAAAGUUAUCAUCGUUGGAACAUGCUCAAGGGAAUUUCUAUGUGACUGUAGCUGCUACUCUUGAGGCAAACGAGAUGAGAAGAGAGUUACAUGAGUUUGUUAACGCUAUAGGAAGUACAGCAAGGAACACAUCUCUCAGCAUUGGUAAGGCGGCAAGCGUAGAUGAAAUUAUGUCUCUGUCCAUUAACUGUGGCACAGAAAUCAUUAACAAAUUUGUUCAAGGAGACGCGAUAGACAUUUAUCCGAGUACUAGUUGGUGUAGAUUUCCCUGGUACGAAGCGGACUUUGGUUGGGGAAAGCCAAUGUGGGUAAGCAGCGUUGGCAAAACAUUUGAAGUAAUUAGUCUGUUUGAUACAAAAGAUGGCGAUGGAAUAGAAGCAUGGGUUAGUUUGAAGGAGAAUGACAUGCUUGAAUUCGAAAGAGACACACAAAUUUUGGCCUCAACAGCAUUUGAUUCUUCGAUUUGGAUAAAAUGA